GCUUUUACAGAUUUUAGGAGAUUGUUCUGGAUCUUCUCCCUAUGGCUAAUGACAACUGCACUUGUUGCCUCUUGGGUUACUGCAAGAUAUAGAUAUAGAGGUGCCCCUUCCUCUGGUCUUACUAGGACUUGUAGCUUACUGAUUUGCUCCUUGGGUGCUUGGAAG